CGGUAAACCGUAAACGGAACACUGGGAAUUCUCCAAAAUACAGUCCAUAAAAUCUUGAGGUCUGUUCCACUUCCUAUUUUUCUUUGUACCUUUUCUAAGUUACUUAUCAGAAAAAAAGUAAGCCAUUGCGUUCCAGUUCGACAAGCAAUUUUGCUACUGGACGUUAACUAGCUUCUGAACAUUGUUAACCCGCUCUAUAGUAUAAAGAUCUCGAUUUCGUUACUAUUUAUUUAACCAUUUUUCUCAUAAUUCAUAAACGUGUGUCUUUACCAAAGGAAAAACAUGGAGUUCCAGUUUGAUUUGAGCCAGAUCGCCCAACAGCAGAUUGUCAAAAUCGACAACACGCUGUUACCCGUCGGUUACCAAAAAGAUGACCCCGAACUACAAAUGAUUAUUUCUAAUAUUUUGGAUAAAAUGGGAGAAGCUUCAGGUAUUGCACAAGAGUUAAAAUCUCCAAUUACUUCAGCUGAAAAACUAAGGCGUUCAGAUCAUACACUUUAUUUGAUGACGGAACAUACCCCACAAGGACAUGUUGUUGUGGUUGGUUUGUUAAAAAUGGGCUGGAAAAAAUUAUAUUUGUUUAAUAAAAAAGGAUCGCGAACUGAAGCAAUGGUUUACUGUCUGCUUGAUUUUUACAUUCAUGAAACUAGACAACGCCACGGCUAUGGAAUAAAACUUAUGGAAUAUAUGUUAAAAGACAACCAAAUUCAAGCAAGACAAUUAGCUGUUGACCAACCUACAAAUAAACUUCUACAAUUUUUAUGGAAAUAUUUUAAUUUGUCCAAAUUAGUAAAUCAAGGGAAUAAUUUUGUGAUUUUUGAAGAAUUUUUUGAAAGUGAUGGUUAUUUGGAAAAGGAAUCAGGUCAUGAUCGUUCUAGUGGAUAUAAAAGUCAAGCAACAUUUGGGCGUCAUGGUGCUUCUAGACAACAAGAUUGCAUGGCUAAUAUACUAUAUGGAGCAAAACAAAAUGAAAACCAAAGCGGAAAUGAAAAUCGAUUUGAAAAUCAAGAAAGAGAAAAUAAGCAGCAGAAGAAUGAACAUUAUGUAGAAAUCCAACAAGAACAACAGCAACAAAAUCAACAGCAGCAACAUCAACAUGUCAUGAACGAAGGUGAUGGACACAAAUCAAACCACUCUCAUCCCAAAUUAGAUAUCAAGAAUUUUCACACUCAAUUAUGGUAAUCUUUUUAUAUCACCCAUUUUAGCAGGUGGAAGCUUUUUAACUGUUAAAUAUUAUUUUACUGUGUUUUAUUAACUUGUGUUAAUUUAUACUAAUCCUAAAUAUUACUGCAAUUCUAAUGAAUUUUUAAAAAAAAUAGAUAGUAUACUAAUUUUUAACAAUUUUGAUUUUGUCUUUAUUUAAAUUACACUGUUGCCAUUCGCU